GCUGCCAUCUUAGUAAACGUCGUAAACGUGCUUUCAUUGUUUUUGAAAUUUUAACUUGUGUUUCGUUUUUUAAAUUAAAAAAGAAUGGAAGCGUUCGCAAAGAAAACCGUUCAAAAUCGGGAAAUAAUAUUGAAAGCUAACAGUAAAACGCAGAAAAAGACCGUCGUGCAUUCCGAUGUAACUAAGUAUUUGAAAAACCAUCAAAUCGACGGCAUCAAAUUUAUGUUUGAAAAUUGUUUCGAACAAAACAGUGGCUGCAUACUAGCCCACUGCAUGGGACUUGGCAAAACGCUACAAGUCAUCUCUUUGCUCCAUGCUGUUAUUAAUUCAAAGGAAUACAAAACUAAUAAGAUUUUGGUAUUAUGUCCAAUCAGUACGAUCAUGAAUUGGAAGGAGGAAAUUCUUCGUUGGCUGGGUUCAAUUAAUGAUGGACAUCGUAAAUUACAAAUAUUGGAAUUGGGUCAACGAGAUGACAUCGAUCGCAAAUUAAUGUUUUUGCAAAAUUGGAGUCAGUGUGACAGCGAAUCGCCGGCGGCUAUAUGCCUAAUAAUGGGUUAUGAUUCGUUUCGAAAUUUGGUAAACUUUCACACCACGAAGGCCAAUGCGAAGAAAUAUAAAGAGAGCAGCCUGAGACAGAUUCGAGAUCGGAUUCGAAAAUAUUUACUGGCACCUGCUGACAUCGUCAUCUGCGACGAGGGACAUGUGAUUAAAAACAGUACCGCCGGAAUCACAUUGGCCGUCAAUCAAAUUGAAACGAAAAGACGAAUUGUUUUGACAGGAACCCCAAUGCAGAAUCACUUGAUGGAAUACUACAGUAUGGUCAACUUUGUCCGACCAUACUUUUUGGGGUCGAGACAACACUUUAACGAAUACUUUGCCGAGCCCAUCAAAAGUGGCCAACAUGCUGAUUCGUGUGUCACGGACAUCAAAUACAUGAAGCAACGCUCCUAUGCGCUGCACAAAAAGUUGUCAAAAAUCGUUCAGAGACGGGAAAUUUCAUUGCUGAAAGACUUUUUACCGGAAAAAUUUGAAUUUGUGUUAUUCAUUCCGUUGACUCAAAUUCAGUACGAUCUCUACAAAUAUUUCCUUGCUAAUCGUGGCGGUGUGAUUGAGGCUAAGCGACUAUUUGGUGACUACACGUGCUUGCGAAAGAUCUGGACUCAUCUGAAGGUCUUGGACAACGCCCACCAAAAAUCAGUUGCUAAGAAGAGACGCACAACAAAUAACGACGAUGGCAGCAAUGAUGACGAUGCUGACGAAGAAUACGGGCCAUCAGGUUCACUUCAAAUGGUGGACAAUGAUUGGUGGCGUAAAGCUAUCGAUAAAAAGCAACUGGAAAACGCUUCGUCCAGCCACAAAAUGAUCAUUCUCUUCGAGAUAUUAAACGAGUGCAAACGAGUCGGCGACAAAUGCGUUAUUUUCUCCAGUUUCGUCGAAGUGUUGAACGUUGUCGAAUACUUUAUGCAAAAAAUUGAUCAACGCAAUGGAAAAGCUGGUCUUGAGAAUUUCGUUGGGCCAUGGCGAAAGAACGAAGAUUAUUAUCGCUUGGAUGGUAGUACACCGAAAGAUCGACGUCCCUCGAUGAUAAACAAUUUUAAUGAUGAGAAUAACAAGCGCACAAAAGUGCUCCUGAUUUCAGCUCAGGCUGGUGGUCAGGGUAUUAAUUUGUUCGGGGCGAAUCGGCUUGUCUUAUUGGAUACAUCAUGGAAUCCAGCAAAAGAUCAACAGAGUAUCUUCCGCAUUUAUCGCAUGGGUCAGAACAAACAGUGUUACAUAUAUCGAUUGCUGUCGAUGGGAACUAUGGAAGAGAAAAUCUACUCACGUUCGGUUACAAAACAGGCGAUGAGUUGUCGUGUCGUCGAUCGUCAACAAAUCGAUCGUCAUUAUAGUAUGAACGAACUCGACGAGCUAUACAGCUUGACCAAAACUGAUAUGGCAAAACGGGUUCCACCAAUUGCACCGAGAGAUGAACUACUUGCUCAUUUAUUGCGAAAAUAUCCGAACAUGAUCUACAAGUACCUGGAGCACGAUUCGUUGCUGGCGAAUAAAGUCGAAGAAGAGUUGAAUGACAUCGAGAAGAAUGAAGCUUGGCGGAGGUGUCAAGAGCAAAAUUUGCAAAUGCAAGCGCUCAAUAAUUUGAUGGCUAACGGAGAACCAACUGCAACGCCAUUCAAAUUGCAUAAGGACAUGCUGCCUGCAUUGGAACUGAAAGAGUGUUCAGUUGUUAACAUGGGUAAGAAGGAGGUCUACUCUCAACACAACAAGGAAAAUGCGUCAUUUGACAAGGAAAUAGCCGGUCACGUUUCCGCAAGUACUAUUAACAUGGAACACGAACCCUUGGGCGAUCAAUUGAGUUCCCUUUCCGAUGAUGCACAAAUGGACGUGCAACCAUCACUGCAGCGUUCUAAUUCCUAUGAAUGGCUUCCACCUUCAAAUGCAAGUGGAAUCGAAUCGUCGAAUGAUGAUAUACGAGAACCACUGCUGCCACUGGAAAGUUUUGAAAAUGGGAGCAACGAUACCAAUGAAGUCAAAGGACCAAUUUCAGCAAAAACAGAGGCGCCGAUCGAAAUGUCAAAUGAUGAUAUCCAAGGACCAUUGCUGUCAAAUUUCGAAAGUGGUUGCGAUGACACCAUCAAAGUGGAAGCCCAUUCACAUUUGGCAAUCGCGAAAAUAGCGACUGGCGUCGAAUGGUCGACUGAUGAUAUGAGAGGACCGGAAACUUUCGAAAAUGUUUGCGAUGACACCAUUAAAGGGGAAGGCGAAGAUCCACACUUGUCAUUCGCUAGAGAUAUUUUCGAACCGAAUCUCUUACUGAAUCGAUCAUCUUCUGCGAGCAGUGAAAUGGAACUCUCGGAGGACGACGCAAAUUCUCCUUCCGAUAAUUCACAAAUGGACGAAACGUCAAAAGAUGAUAGCCACGGAUCAUUGGUGACGCUGGGAAAUUUUGGAAAUGGUUGCAAUGACACCUUAAAAGUCGAAAGACCACAUUUUGGAAACCCGCAAGAUAUUUUCGAGCCGAAUGUCUUCUUGAGUCGAUCAUCAUCUGCAAGCAAUGAAAGGGAACUCCCGAAAUAUGAAUCAAACCCUUCUUCCGAUGAUAUACAAACAUCAUUGCAGCGUUCCAAUUCACAUGAAUGGCAUCCACCAUCAAAUGCUUCUGGCACCGAAUCAUCGAAUCGCGGCGGACUGGAAAAUUUUGAAAAUUGUUGCGGCGAUAGUGUUUACAUAGGAGCCAAAGAACCCCUUCCGGCAUUCGCAAAAAUAACGACGACCACUGAAACGUCAAACGUGUUGUCGCAGGAAAAUUUUGAAAAUGGUUGCGACGAAAGUGGUAAAGUAAGAGCCAAAGAACCAUUGGCAAUCCCGCAAAAUGUUUUCGAAUCGAAUGUCUCCUUGAGUCGAUCAUCAUCAGGAAGCAACGAAAUGGAACUAUCGGAAGACGAAGACAAUUCUUCUUCCGAUGACGUGCAAACAUCAUUACAGCGUUCCGAUUCAUAUGAAUCGCUUGCAUCUUCAAAUGCGACUGGUAUCAAUGACUUACGAGGACCUUUAUUGCCACUGGAAACUUUUGAAAAUGGGAGCAACGACUCGCACGAUGAUAUCCGAGAAAAUGCCUACAACGACGGCAUCGAUGAUGAAGAAGAAACACGAUCCCUGUCGGCAGCAGCAGACAGAGAUAUUUUUAAACUAAGUGGAAACUUGAAUGGCAAUGAACCAGAACAGCCUAUUCAGCAAAUGGAAGCGCAGCCAUCAGACGAGCGUUGCAAGUCAUGGUUAGCAGCUUCGCAUGAAAUUUCACCCGAUGACACCCAAGGAGUACUUGCUCUCAAAAAUAUCGACAAUCUAAGCAACGACUCGUCGAAUCGUGAUAUCCAACGCCGACCAUUAGAAAAUGAGAGACACGACAGCCUGGACGGAGGAGUUGAAAGAUCACUAACUGAUAUCGUGAAAGGUCUGCUUCAAACAUUGAAUAAUAAGUACGCUGCGUCAUCACAACAACCAUAUUCGUUGGAAGAUUAUGCAACAGAAGAACAGAUCAUCCUUCCGAAUGAAUCCAACAAUUUGGAAUAUCGAAUAACAUUGAAACGUCCGUCGAGUGGUGGCAUACAUCGACCGAUUAAAAGGUUGAAGCUUUCAUUGGAAAUCGAUCCUGUGGCAACGUUACCACUUACAACGGAGUGCCAAAUGAAUGUUAUCAUGGAAAAUCCACAAUCACUGCACAAUGAAGGUUUUGAAGAUUAUGUGUGUUCCAAUUGUGCUCAACAAUCGAAAGAGUUGGUGACAGACCCUGCACCUACUGAGUCUGUUGAGAAUAAUUUCAACGCGGAUGUCGACCAAAAUGAAAUUAUUGUAAUGGCAAAUGGUUCCAAAGGAAAGGACAGUGUUCGCUGUGAAGGCACGUUCCGCGACGAUGAAGAAGAUAUUUUCAACGCAGAUGUUGACCCCGAUGAAGCUAUUGUAAAGACAAGUGGUUCCGAAGGAAAGAAGCCGAUAAGCAUUCGUGUUGAAAGCACGUUCCCCGUUGGCAUUGAAGACGACGACAAAAUGUCUCCAAACGAACCAACGGAACGCUGCAACUUGAAUGACCUGUCGCACAGUGAUGAAACUGAGUCGGUUGAGGAUAAUUUCAACGUGAAUGAUGACCCCGGUGAAAUUAUUGUUAUGUCAAAUGGUUCCGAUGGAAAAGAGUCGGACAGUUUUCGCUCUGAAGUCACAUUCCCCGAUGACAAAGAAGAUGAAAAAAUGUGCUCGGAUAGUCUUCAACAAUCGAAAGAGUUGGUGACUGGCCUUGCACCCACUGACUCUUAUGAAGAUACUUUCAACACGGAUAUUGACCCCGAUGAAGCUAUUGUAAAGACAAGUGGUUCCGAAGGAAAGAAGCCGAUAAGCAUUCGUGUUGAAAGCACGUUCCCCGUUGGCAUUGAAGACGACGACAAAAUGUCUCCAAACGAACCAACGGAACGCUGCAACUUGAAUGACCUGUCGCACAGUGAUGAAACUGAGUCGGUUGAGGAUAAUUUCAACGUGAAUGAUGACCCCGGUGAAAUUAUUGUUAUGUCAAAUGGUUCCGAUGGAAAAGAGUCGGACAGUUUUCGCUCUGAAGUCACAUUCCCCGAUGACAAAGAAGAUGAAAAAAUGUGCUCGGAUAGUCUUCAACAAUCGAAAGAGUUGGUGACUGGCCUUGCACCCACUGACUCUUAUGAAGAUACUUUCAACACGGAUAUUGACCCCGAUGAAGUUAUUGUAAAGACAAGUGGUUCCGAAGGAAAGAAGCCGAUAAGCAUUCGUGUUGAAAGCGCGUUCCACGUUGGCAUUGGAGACGACGACGAAAUGUCUCCAAAUGAAUCAACGGAACGCAUCGACUUGGACCUGUCGCAUAGUGAUAAACCAGCCGGAGAUGACUUUCUGUCGUCCGAUGAAUAUAUGGAAGAAGCUGUCGCACCAUCCUACUUAUAUGGCCAGGUCAAUUGCAUCCAGUCUGAGAAUGAACAGGAUUCGCCAGGUGAUAUGUCUGAAUCGGAGUCUUCGGACGGAGAUGAUCUCCACGAUGUGCAAUUUUACGAGGAACAACCGAGCACCAUGUCCAGAAUCAUUGAACGCUGCGCGUUAAUGUAGAUCUUGCAAAACACAGGAUCACUUUUCAAAA